AUGGGCGAGCAAAGAAUGUGUGAGUUAUUUCUUGAAGCUGAUAAGCUUAUUAAGAGUAAUAUUGACAUAACGAAGAAAGUUAACGAAACCCCAACAUAUCGCGAAUAUUGCCCUCACUAUAGACGAUGCUCAAAUAAGGUCGAAAGUAUUGGUGCUUUGGGCAGGCAUAUAUUUAUGAAUUUAUGGAAUCCUGAAAGCAUCAAUUAUGAAUAUUUUAUGAUGUGGUUAGCUAAUAAAUUAUAUAAUUUAAACGAAGACAAAAACGAAGCCAAUAAUAUUACUUUAAAUUUGGCUUACAAAAAAUAUUUAGAGAAAUAUAUAGGGAAUUUUAAAUAUUGGAAUUUUUUAUUGAAUGUAGGGGCUUUGAAAGAUGCUAAUCUUAGAUAUAUGAGUGAAUUGUAUACGUUACUUAGUCAUAUAUGUAAUACAAUUGAAUAUUAUAAAAAAAAUGAUGAUAAACAUAAGAAACUUUAUCUGUAUUCUGCGAAUUGUCUUAAUCAAUACCGAAACCUUUACAAUAACAUUCCUAAAUGUAAUUCAUAUCUGUAUUUAUUGGAUAAUUUAAAAAAAAUAUAUACUAAAUUUAGAGAUUCUGUUAUUAAUGAAAAAAAAAAUAAAAUAUUCGAAAAUCAUCUUCAAAAACUUACAAUACCAAAUAAAAAAGAUUUAUAUUUUGCGAAAGAUUUUAAAGAAUUUGACUUCAAUUGUCUAGAGUGUAAACCAAAAAAUAAAGAUAAUAUCCAGAGUGGUCAACAUAAAGCAGUAAAACCUAUACAAAUCACACCAAAGAGUACAAAUCAAGGUAGUCAACAGAGGACCCAUGAAGGCAAAGCUGAUAACUUAAAAGUUUCAGAGCCUGAAUCUCAACAGCAGAAAGGCAUUCAAUUCCCCAAAACUGAAUAUUCUUCAUUAAAAGGUGGUAGCAAAUUAAAAGAUGUGCCAACAGCCUUAAAGCUUGUCAGUAAUGGUCCAGAUACUCAUAAAGAUCCAGAUAGUCAAAAAGGUCCAGAUAAUCAAAAAGGUCCAGAUAGUCAAAAAGGUUCAGAUAAUGGUCAAAUAAAUCCAGGGAGUGAGUCAGAAACAAAUAAAGAUCAAAUAGAUAUAUCUACAAGCCCAAAAGACAAUCACGAUGUUUUUGAUUUGUCAACUUUAAAAGAAUAUGGGAAUUUAAUUACAACUUAUAUUGAAGAAUACAGAACAUAUGUUACCAAUUCAUUUAAUGAUAUUCAAAAAAAAUUAUACGAUAAUGUAUUACCUACUUUAUAUGAGGGUUAUAAUACUUAUGUAGAUUAUUAUAAAAGUCUUAAUAUAAUGGAAUAUUUUAAAGAAGGAACGCAAUCAAAUGAAACACCAAAAACUGAAAUAUUAGAGGAUAACCCACCAAGUAAUGGACUAGAUGAUAUGUCUCCUUUAUCAGAUAGCGAACCACCAGAUGCCGAAGAAUCAGAACCACAAGACCCCCAAACACAAAUGUUAGUUGGUCAAAUAAAUGAUUAUUCACAACAAUUACUUUCUACAUCAGAAAUUGACUCAACAAAUAGUGAACAAGAAAAAACUUUAAAUACUCCCCAUGAGGACCAACAUCAAUCAUUAGGAGGAUCUACCAAUAUAGAACCUAGUCCAGAAAUUGAAAUAGGAAACCCUGGAAUCGUUGUAAGAAAAGACGUAUCUGAAAUACAAUUACCAAAAGAUCCAUUUAAAGAAUACAAAUUGAUUAUAUAUUCAGUUAUGGCUAUUAUAUUACCCAUUACUUUAGCAAUUAUAUAUAAGAAUUUAGCAUCUGAUCGAAGAAAAAGAUUGAAAAGAAUGAGAGAGAUUGUAAAAAUGUGUGAUGAAAAUGAAAACGAAGGGGAAGUUACAAAUGAAUCCAUCGAAAGUAUCGAAUAA